CCCUGGGACACCGUCCCUCCUCCUCCUCCUCCCCACACCAUCUCUUCUCCUCCUCCCCCCACCAGGACACCUAUCCAUCCUCCUUCUCCUCCCCCUCCUCUUCCCUUUCUUUCCAUCACACUGUCCCUUUCUCCCCCUCCUCCUCCUCCCUAGGACUCCGUCCCCUCCCCCCUCCUGGACGCUCCCUCUUCCCUGGGACACCCCUCUUCUGUCUGGUGUGGCCAUGGUGCCCUGGGCUUAGGAACUCUGGCAAAGUCCACCCGGUCAAUGGGGGAUGCUGGGAGGGUGCUCAGGUCACGUCAGAGGCAAAGGCUGGAGGGGCCAGCCUUGCAGCCCCCUGAAUGCCCAGGACACAGCUCAGGAAAGGUGUAACAAAUCGUGAAGGCUAGGUGCUCAUAUCGCAUCUCUGCUGCGCAUGUCUCUAGAUAUGGAUCAGAAACUGUCCAAGUUGGUAGAAGAGCUCACAACUUCGGGGGAACCCCAGCUGAAUCCUGAGAAAAUGAAGGAACUGAAGAAAAUUUGCAAGUCUUCAGAGGAGCAGCUCAGCCGUGCCUACCACCUGCUCACGGCCCAGCUGAGCCAGGACCACGCCGAGAUCCGCCUCUCCGCAUUCCAGGCCAUAGAUGAGCUCUUCGCCCGGUCCCAUCAGUUCAGGAUGCUGGUUGUUUCCAACUUUCAGGAGUUUCUGGAGCUCACACUGGGCACUGACCACGAGCAGCCCCUGCCACCUCCCAGGGAGGUGGCCCAGAGGCUGCGUCAGGCUGCCACCCGGGCCAUCCAAGGGUGGAAUGAGAAGUACGGUGCGGCCUACAAGAAGCUCGCCUUGGGCUACCACUUCUUAAGACACAGCAAACAGGUGGAUUUUCAGGACGUGAGCGCGCGGACUCUGGCAGAAAGAAAGCGGGAGGAGGAGAAGCGGAAGCGCUUGGAUAGAAUCUACAGGGAGAGGUCUGAGCAGGCCAUCAGGGAGAUGGAGGACAUGUCCGAGGAGAUUCGGUGCUGCCUCACGGAGGUGGAGAGCUGCUUCAGGCUGCUGCUGCCCCUGGACCUCACCGCAGGCCUGGGCGCCUCGUUGCCCACGGUGGCCUUCAGUGUGUCUGAGCAGAGCGCCCCUUGCCAGGCCGGCGCUGCCAGUCACGGGGGCGAGGAGCAGCCCUGCUGUAGCAAGACCCUGCCCGCCUGGGCCGGCCAUCCGGGAGCUGGCAGUGGGGAGGGGCCGCCGCAGACGGCCACAGGGGCCGAGGAGGAGGACAGCGACAGCGACGAGGAAGGGUUUGUGCGGCGCCAUGGACUGGGCUCCCACAAGUACACGCUAGACGUGGAGCUCUCCUCAGACAGCCUGAGGGUGCGUGAGGACGAGGACAAUCACGCUGUCAUCCACUCCGCCCGGGACGCGCUCAAGCUUAUCCAAAACACCUUUCUGCCAGCUGUGUGCUCCUGGGUCCAGCUAUUCACCCGCGCAGGGAUCCACGGUGGGCACCUGGAAGCUGCCAUCGACCUGAAGACGGAACUGGAAAGGGCACUGAGGCAAUCGGAAGAGCUGGACAUCAAGCCUGAGGAGGGGCGCUGGAGGGAGGUGGCAGCCCCAGGGGACAGGGAUGAGGAUGAGGACGAGGAUGAUGGGGACUUUGUCGAGGUCCCAGAGAAGGAGGGGUAUGAGGCCUGCAUCCCCGACCACCUGCGGCCGGAGUAUGGGCUGGAGAAAGACCCAGCUGCACUGGGCUUGCAGGCGAGGAAGAUGGCGAGGAGGGAUGAGGAGGCACGUGACCCCACCUCUGCUGCUGCCCAGCUGCAUCAGCUGCAUGGACGCUUGCCCCCUCCCCCGAGCCCCAGGGCACCUGUGGGACCGGACAAGGCUGGGAAGCUGGCAGCGGAGUGGGCCCGGGCGCCUGUCGUGCCCUUUGGGGUGGACCUGUGUUACUGGGGCCAGGAGCAGCCGAUGGCGGGGAGGAUCCUCAAGCGUGACUCUGAGCACCGCUUCUGGAAGCCCAGCGAGGUGGACGCGGAAGUGGGCAGCGCCAGCGUCCCCGAGAUGCCGUGGAACCGCUGCAUCACCUUCGCGGGCAGGUUCGAGCCCGUGCGGCACCAGUGCCGCGCCCCGAGGCCCGACGGCCGGCUCUGCGAGCGCCAGGACCGGCUGAAGUGCCCUUUCCAUGGGAAGAUCGUCCCCAGAGACGAGGCGGGCCGGCCCCUCCACCCGGAGGAUAGGGCCUGGGAACAGAGGCAGCAGCUGCGGAGACAGGCAGGGCGUGCAGGUUGGCAGGACCCCGAGUUCAUGAGAGAUGUGGAGGCUGCCACGGGAGUGGACCUUGGCUCGUCUGGGUCCAGCGGGAGAGGCAAGGGCAAGCGGAGGAAGCACCCUGGCCUCACCGACCUGAAACAGCAGGCCGACACUGCCCGCGCACGCAUCGCCAAGAAGGUGUUUGCUAAAACCGCUGUGCAGAGGGUGGUCACAGCCAUGAAUCAGAUGGACCGGAAGAAGCACGAGAAGUUUGCAAACCAGUUUAACUAUGCACUGACUUAGAGGGCCAGACUGGUGGUCCCCUCUGGUCGUCUGCUCUUCUCCCUCGGCCAGGGCACCAGGAUCGGAGCGCAGACACAGGACUGGGCUGUAACCACAGCCGCUGUUGUUAUGUGUGUUUCGUGUGAGGAAAGAGUGUGUAUUCUAGUCACAGUUCCCCAGAGGUAUGGACUCCCCCUGCCCUGGGGAACCACAGCCAUCCGGGUUAUGGAGGUGACGUGGGCAGCGUGGCUCAGUGGGGCAUCUGGCAAAGCCUGUCCCCAUGUCACCCCAAGCCCCACUUCCCAGCCUUUUCCCUGGGCAGUAGGAGGGACUCGGGGGGGACUCUAGGAACCCUCAUGCUUUUAUGUAAACACUGUUUUUAAGACAAGCUGGGAAGUGAACCGUUCAGCGUCGUACCUUGCGUUUCCAGCUCACAGAGCGUUUUGGUGAUGGUUCUGCAUUAGAAUGUCAACAACUACUUCUCUACUUUUUUGUUUUUCAAAAAUAGCUUUAUACUUCCACACCCUAGAAUUCACCCUUUCAAAGUGUACCACUUAGUGUGGCAUGAGGUAUGUUGUACAACCUGGACCACCUGUUUCCAGAACUUUCCAUCACCCCAGAAGAAAGCCUGUCCCUGUUAGCGGUCACUCCCCUACUCCUUCCUCCAGCCCCUGGCCCUUUCUGGAUGGACGGCAUCCUAGCAACACGUGGCCUUUCGUGUCUGGUUCGUCCACUUAGCACAGUGUCUCCUGGGUUCUUCCAUGUUGUGGAAUGCGUCAGAGCCCUGUGCCCUUUUACUGCCCACUGAUGACACCAUAGUGUGGGCACAGCACACUGUUCAUCUGUUUAUCACUGGCAUCUGGGUUGUUCUCACACUGGCCGUGAUGAGUGAUGGGUCUGUGAACGUGUGUGCAAGUCUUGUGUGGACGUGGAUUUUCAUUUCUUUUUGGUUUACGCCUAGAAGUGGAAUUGCUAGCUCACUUGGCAACUCUGUGUUUAACUUGUUGAUGAACCGCCAGACUGUUCCCCAGCAGCUGCACCAUUUGACUUACCUUCCCAGUGCGUGAGGGUUCCAGUUUCUCUGUGUUUUUGCCAAUACGUUAUCUGUGUUUCAUCUUAGCCAUCUUGGUAUGAAAUGGUAUCUUUUAUUUUUUUUUAAGAUGUUAUUUAUUUGAGAGGAGAACAUGAGAGAGGGGAGGGGCAGAGGCAGAGGGAGAAGCAGGCCUCCCGCGGAGCAGGGAAACCGAUGCGGGGUUUGACCCCAGGAACCUGGGACCAUGACCUGAGCCGAAGGCAGACGCUUAACCAGCUGAGCCACCCAGGUGCCCCUGAGGUGGUAUCUUGAUUUGCAUUUUAAUUUGUAUUUUCCUAAUGACUACUGAUACUAUCUUUUCAUGUGUUUAUUGGCCAUUUGUGUAUUUUUUUGGAGAAAUAUCUAUUCAGAUCUUUUGCCCAUUUUCAAUUGCAUUGUUUGAGUUAGAAUUCUUUAUAUAUUCUAGGGGCAUCUGGGUGGCUCAGUUGGUUAAAUAUCUGCCUUCGGCUCAGGUCAUGGUCCCGGCGUCCUGGGAUCGAGCCCCGCAUGGGGCACCUUGCUCAGCGGGGAGCCUGCUUCUCCCUCUCCCUCUGCUGCUCCCCCUGCUUGUGCACUCUCUCUCUUUCUCUCUCUCAAAUAAAUAAACAAAACCUUAAAAAAAAAAAAAAAGAAUUCUUUAUAUAUUCUAGACCUUUAUGUUGUUUGCAAAUAUUUUCUCCCAUUUUCUUUUCACUUUCUCGAUGGUGCCCUUUGAAGCACUAAGUUGGUAAUUUUAAUGACAUCCCGUAUUUUUUCUUUUGUUUCAUGUGCGUCUGGUGUCCUGAGCACCUGGCCUGAUCCAAGAUUAUGAUUUACUCCUACAUUUUCUUCUAAGAGUUUUAUAGUUUUAGCUCUUACAUUUAGGUCUUUGAUCCAUUUUGAGUUAAUUUUUGUAUAUGGUGUGAGGUAGGGAUCCACCUUCAUUCUUUUGUGUGUGGAUUCCAGUUGUCCCAGCACCAUGUGUUGAAAAGAUUAUUCUUUCCCCCACCGAAUUAUCUUGACACCUUUGCUGAUCAUCCGUUGGCCAUAAAUGUAAGAGUUUAUUUCUGGAUUCUCCGUUCCUUUCCACUGACCUAUAUAUAUCCUUAUGCCAAUGCUGCAGUGUCUUGGUUAAUCUUGCUUUGUGGUAAGUUUUGAGCCCUGAAAGUAAGUCCUCCAACUUUGUUCUUUUUCAAGAUUAUCUUGGCUAUUCUGGGUCCCUUGCAUUUCCAAAUGAAUUUUAGGAUCGGCUUGUUAAUUUCUACCAAAAAAGGGCAGCUGAGAUUUUGAUAGAGAUUUUGUUGAAUCUGCGGAUCACUUUGGAAAGUAUUGUCAUCUUCAUGUUAAGUUUUAUGAUUCGUGAACUUGGGAUAUUCUUAUUAUUUGACUGUUCUUUAGCUUAUUUCAACAGUUUUUUGUUGUUUUCAGUGUACGAGUUAUGCACUUAUUUUGUUAAAUUUAUUCUUAAAUAUUUUAUUCUUUUUGAUGCUAUUGUAAAUAUAAUUGUUUUCUGAAUUUCAUUUUUGGAUUGUUCAUUGUUAAUGUAUAGAAAUACAACUGAUUUUUGUAUGUUGGUCUUGUAGCCUGAAACUGUGCUGAGCUCGGUUAGUUCUAAUUGUGUGUGUGUGUGUAGAUUCCUUGGGAUUUUCUCUAUGCACAAUCAUGUCAUCUGCAAAUAGAAUGCUUCCUUUACAAUUUGGAUGCCUUUCUUUUGCCUAAUUGCCUUGGCAAAUUAGGAACCUCCAGUACAAUGUCGAAUAGCAGUGCUGAGAGCAGACAUCUUCAUCUUGUUCCUGGUUUGGGGGAGAAAGCUUUCAGUCUUUUCACCAUUGAGAAUGGUGUUGGCUGUGGGUUUUUGUAGAUGCAUUUUGCCAGGCUGAGAAAGUUCCCUUCUAAUUCUAGUUUGUUGAGUGUUUUUGUCUUGAUGUUGAAUUCUGUGAGAUGUCUUUUUAUAUCUAUUAAAAUGGUCGUGUGGUUUUUGUUCUUUAUUCUGUUGCUGUGGUAUACUACAUGAAUUGUUUUUCAUAUGCUGAACCACCCUUGCAUUCAUGGGAUAAAUCCCACUUGGUCUGAUAUAUAAUUCUUUUUAUGUUAUUGCACUUGGUUUGCUAAUAUUAUGCGAUUCCAAUGACCUGAUUUGCUAGUAUUUUGUUAAGGAAUUUUGUGUCUGCUCAUAAGAGAUAUUACCAUACACUUUUCUUCUUAUGAUGUCCUUGUCUGGCUUUGGUAUCAGAGUAGUGCUGGCCUCAUAGAUUGAGUUGGGCAAUGUUCCUUCCUUGUCUGUUUUUUGGAAGAAUUUAUGAAGGAUUUGUGUUAAUCCUUUAAACAUUUGGUGGAAUUCACCAGUGAAGUCGUUUGGUCCUGGGCUUUUCCUUGUGAGAAGUCUUUUUUUUGUUUGUUUUUUGUUUUUUUUUUUAAUUUAUUAUCUUGGGUGCCUGGGUGGCUCAGUCGGUUAAGCAUCUGCCUUUGGAUCACAUCAUGAUCCCAAGGUUCUGGGAUCGAGUCCCAAAUGCUCCCUGCUCAGUGGGAAUUCUUCUCCCUCUCCCUCUCCCACUCCUUCUGCUGGUGCUCUCUUUCCCUCUCUUUCCCUGACAAAUGAAUAAACAAAAUCUUUUUAAAAAAUUAAUUUAUUAUCUUUAUUUAUUGUAGAUCUGUUUAGAUUUCCUGUUCUUCCUUGAAUCAGUCUUAGUAGUUUCUGUAUUUUUAGGAAUUUGUCUGUUUCAUGUAGGUUUUUGGUUGUAAUUUGUUGACAUACAGUUGUUUAUAGUAUUCCUUUGUAAUUCUUUUUAUUUCUUUAAGGUUGCUGGCAAUGCCUCUUCUUUCAUUCUGGGAUUUUAGAAAUCUGAGUGUUUUCUCACUUUUUAAAAUAUGCUUGGCCAGUCUAACUAAAGGCUUAUCAAUUUUAUUGAUUUAUUCAAAACCCAACUUCUGGUUUUGUUGAUUUUUCUCUCUUUUUUUUUUUUUUUCCAUUUUUUGUUUUGUUAAUUUCCGCUCUGAUCUUUAUUAUUUACUUUGGGUUGCUUUGGGUUUAGUUUUCUCUCUUUCUAGUUUCUUAAGAUAGAAGAUUAGCUUACUGAUUUGAGGUGUAGCUUCUUUUUCAGGUAGGUGUUUACAACUCUUAAGUUUUCAUCUAAGCACUGCUUUAGCUUCACUGUGUAAGUUUUGGUAUGUUGUGUUUCAUCUUUAUCUCCCAAGUAUUUUCUCAUUUCUCUUGAAUUUCUUUUACCCAUUGAUUAUUCAGGAGUUGGUUUAAUUUCCACAUACUUGUUAAUUUCCCAAAUUUUCUUUUGUUAUUUGAUUUCUAAUUUCAUUCUAUGUGGCCAAAGAAUACAUUGUGUAUGAUUUCAGUCCUUUGAAAUUUAAGACUUAUUUUAAAUGUGUAUCCUGGAGAAUGUCCCGUGUACACUUGAGAACUGUUCUGUUGUUGAGUGUUCUGUAGAUUCGUGUUAAGUCAAGGUGGUUCAUAGUGUCACAUGUCUUCUCUUUCCCCAUUGGCCUUCCACCCGGUUGUUCUCUGUACUGUUACUUUUCCUGAUGGAGUGACCCUUUUGUAAUGGGGUCUUCUCUGUGUCUAGUAACAGCUUUUGUCUUAAAGUCUCUUUUGUAUGAUAUCCAUAUGCCUUGUGGCUGUUGUUUGUGUGGUACAUCUUCUUCCACCCGUGUAGUUUCGUUGUGUCUGAUUCUAACAUGCUCCUUGAAGACAGCAUGCAGCUGAUUGUGGCUUUUAAUCUGCUCUGCUGAUCUCUGCCUCUAAGUGCGAUAUUUAGUCCGUUUACCUUUAAUGUACUUACUGAUAAGGGAAGAUUUAUGUCUGUCAUUUUUCAGUUUUUCUACAUGUCUUUUUCCUCUUUUCCCCAUUGCCGUGUGUGUGUGUGUGUGUGUUAGACGGAUGUUCGCUGAAUUCCCCUGUGUCUUUCACUGAAUUUUUGUUUUGGGGGGAAUUCUUUAGUGGUUGUACUGCAGAUUCCAGUGAACAAGUAAAUACAGUCUAGUUUGGCUUCAUACCAGCUUAGUUUCAGGAGUGUACAAAAGCUCUGCUCUAAUAGAGGUAUGUUCCCUCCUAGUGCCUUUGUGUGAUUUUUGUCAUACAAAUUACAACUUUAUAGACUGUGAGCCCAUCAACACAGUUUUGUGAUUAUUGCUUUAUGCAGCUCUUUAAAGUCAGAUAGGAAAAGAAAAGAUUUACGAACAAAAAUACAUUUAUUCUGUCUGCUCUUUGGCUCUGUGGUUGCCUUUACCUGCACCGUCUGUCUCUUCUUGUGGAUUCGACUAAUGUCUUUCACUUUGGUCUGAAGGGCUCCUUGCAGUGUUUCUUGAGGGAUAGGUCUGCUAGCAGUGAAUUGUCCCCAUUCUUGUUUAUCUGGAAUGUCCUAACGUCUUCACUUUUGAAGAAUAGCUUUGCUAGAUUUCAAUAUGUUGUUAAUAGUCUUUGUCUUCUAACCCUUUGAAUGUAUCAUCCCACUGCCUUCUGGUGUCCACGGUUUCUGAUGAGAAGCCAGUGUUAUUAAGUUGGGAUUUUGGAAAAUGCUUUGUAUACAAUAAGUUGGGUUUUUUCCUUGCUGCUUUUAAAACGCUCUUUGUCUUUGACUUUUAACAGUUUUAACUAUGUGUCUAGUUAUGGAUCUCUUUGUGUGUGUCCUCCUUAGAAUUUGUUGAGCUUCUUGGAUGUAGAGGUUGUCGUUCAUCAAAUUUGGGAGGUUUGGGUCCAUUAUUUCUUCAAAGGUUCUUUCUGCCUCUUUCUCUCUCUCUCUCCCGUCAUUGGACUCCCAUUAUGUGUAUUUCGGUGGUCGGUGGUGUCUCUUUGGUCCCUGAGGCCCUGUUCUUUUUUUUCUUUCUUUUUUCUGUUCCUCAGAAUGGACCUAUUGAUCUAUCUUCAGGGUCACAGAUUCUUUCUUUUGCCAACUAAAAUCUAAUAUAUAGUUGUUCUAAUGAAUAUCUCAUUUCACUUGUACUUUCCAAGUCCAGAAUUUUCUAUUUGGUUCUCAUCUAUAAUUUCUUUCUUUUUACCAAUGUUCUCUAUUUGGUGAAACAUUAUCUCAUAUUUUAAUUCUUUAGACAUGGCUUCCUUUGCUUCUUUGAACAUGUUUAUAAGAACUGGUUUAUAGUAUUUGUCUAAUAAGUUCAGCAUUGGGCUUAUUCAGGGACAGUUUCCACUGACUACUCUUCUCCUUAUGUAUGGGCCAUACUUACCUGUUUCCUUGUGUGUCAUAAUUUUUUUGUUGACAUUAGACAUUUUAGAUGAUAUAAGGUGGCAACUCUGGAAAUCAGAUCCCCGCCUCCCCACAAUUUGUUGUUGCCAUUUGUUUAGUGUCUUUUCUGAACUAUGUAAAAAUGUGUAUUCUUUGUCAUGCUUGGCCACCGAAGUCUCUGUUUGGUCAGCUUAGUGAUCAGCUCAUGAUUGGACAGAGACUUCCUUAAAUGCUUUGAUCCAAGAAGUCUUGUGGGUUUUGGCCGAAAGCCAUGUGUGUGUUGGGCACACCUUGAACCCUCAGCCAGGUAGUUGCCCCCUCUGCCUUAGCUCGCACUUCCUGCUUCUUCCUGGCCUCGAGUUCAGCCAGAGGUGAGAGCUACGGACUGGACUCUUCAGGUCUUUGAGAUUUUUCACCAGCCUCUUCUUUGGCCAAGCGGAAGUUGCCACUGCAGACUGCUCGUUGUCCAACAGUAUCCCUGAUUGUUCUCGACAGACCCGCACUGAGCUGGUUGUCAGGGCAGAAAAAAAGACAAGCCUGGCGAAUGGGUUUUUUCUGGGUAGCAGCCUGAUGAUUCCAGUAGUGACAAGUCUCUGAGGGAGGAGGGGCUUUGGGACCCAGUCUUCCCCUCCCAGUGGCUGCCAGGCUGUUGAUCUCCAGGCUACUGUGGCCCCAAGGUUGCUGGGUAUAAAGGCCACUGCAGAGCUGGAGAGAGGGAAUGAGAACAGUAACUGAAAAUGCCACCAGGUUUGCCCUUUCCACCAAGAUUGAGCCAUUUUUCUAGGGUAAACUCUCCUUGGAUUGUUACGGGUCUUUGGUUAAUUUCCAGAGUUUUGAAAAAGUUUAUUUUGUCAGUUUCCCCCGGGUUCUGUGGCAUUUUGAGCAGUCCCGAUUGCUGGGCAGGAAGGCCCUUCCUAGCCCUUUAGUGUUCCUAGUGGUCCUGCCAAGGAUGCACUUGUACGGAUGCGUCUUCACGCACAGCCAUGUGUGUCUGUGGGCCGGAGUCCCGGGGAUUCCAGCUUGCUUUCCCAGAAGCAACCUGCAAGAACACUGACUUCCGGAACCCUCCCUCCCUCUGUGUGGUGGCGAGCAUCUUGAUCUUUGCCAAGCCCUGGGGAACACUGGCAUCUCGGGGUUAUAAUCGACCUGUCUCUUACGAGUGAGCUGUUGAGCAUUUUUUCAUAUGGUAAAGUGCUCAUUGUUGCUCCUGUUCUGUGAGUUGUACAUCCAUAGCCUUUGUUCAUUUUCCUGUUGGUUUAUCGGCUUAUUUAAGUGUAGGAGCUCUUUAUUCAUUAAGAAAACUAGCUCUGUGUGACAGGUUGCAAAUAUUUCCUGUCUGCUGACUUUGCUAAUGUUUUGCCGCGUGGAUGUUCAUGUAUCUGAGUCUCUGUGUCCCUUCCCCAAAGAUUAUAUUAAAUUCUUCCUGUGUUUCCUCUGGUA